UGCUUUUACAACACGUCAUUGCAGAAAAAUCCAACUAAGUUGAUGUUUUCAAGCUGACUUUUGCUCUGGUGCCAUGAAGACCUUGUUUAAAUGCUUCUGGAAUCUGCGGCCACCUCACACAUUGCUCCAUCAAGCCAAAAGACACCUUGCCUCUCCAAUUACCUCACACUACGAAGCUAUAAACCGGUGUGAACAGGAAGUGCCCAAGUACUUCAAUUUUGCUGGUGAUGUUCUGGACAGAUGGACCCAAGUAGAAAAGGAGGGAAAAAGACCUUCGAAUCCAGCCUUCUGGUGGGUGAAUGACCAGGGGGGAGAGGUGAAGUGGAGCUUUGAGGAACUGGGAGUCUUAUCCCGGAAAGCUGCCAACAUGCUCCUUGGUCCAUGCGGCUUGCAAAGAGGUGACCGGAUCAUGACAGUUCUACCCCGGAUUCCAGAAUGGUGGCUACUAAGCGUGGCUUGUAUGCGGACAGGCAUUGUUUUUAUUCCAGGGACACCCCAGUUAACCGCCAAAGACAUCUCCUACAGGCUCCAGGCUUCCAAAGCCAAAUGCAUCGUGGUCAGCGAUGCCUUGGCCCCCGCAGUGGACUCGGUCCUGUCCGAAUGCAAGUUUCUGAAAACCAAGCUUCUUGUGUCCGACAGCAGCAGAGAUGGCUGGCUGAACUUCAAGGAUCUCAUCCAAGCAGCACCUGCCAACCAUGACUGUGUUAAGACAACAAGCGACGAGCCCAUGGUCAUCUACUUUACUAGUGGGAGCACAGGGUCUCCCAAAAUGGUGGAACAUUCCCACUGCAGUUACGGGAUUGGAUUUACAGCAAGCGGCAGGCACUGGAUGAAUCUGACUCCUUCAGAUAUAUUCUGGAAUACAUCUGACACAGGAUGGGUGAAGUCAGCUUGGAGCAGUGUGUUUGCUCCGUGGAUCAAUGGUUCCUGUGUCUUUGUACAUCACCUGUUGAAAUUCGAACCCACGGUCAUAAUAAAUACUCUCAACCGAUACCCAAUCACGACUUUCUGCACAGCUCCUACUGCAUACCGGAUGUUGGUUCAGCACGAUCUCACCAGCUGCAAAUUCAUGAGCCUGAAGCACUGUGUGACAGGAGGGGAAGCACUCAUCCCAGAAGUGAUGGAGCGUUGGAAGGCUCAUACAGGGCUGGAUAUCCAUGAAGGCUAUGGACAAACAGAAACAGUAACAAUAUGUUCCAAUAUAAAGGGGAUGAAAAUCAAACCGGGCUCACUAGGAAAGGCUUCUCCACCAUAUGAUGUCCAGACUGUAGAUGAAGAAGGCAAUGUUCAGCCUCCAGGACAAGAAGGGUACAUUGCGAUCAGGAUCAAACCCAAGCGACCAUUUUGUCUUUUCUCAGGGUACUUAGAUAACCCUGAGAAAACAGCAGCUAGUGAACGUGGCGAUUUUUAUAUCACUGGAGACAGAGCGAUUAAAGAUGAAGAAGGUUAUUUCUGGUUUGUCGGAAGAUCAGAUGAUUUGAUUAAUUCUGCUGGGUACCGUAUUGGCCCAUUUGAAGUGGAGAGCGCCUUGAUAGAGCACCCAGCUGUGGUGGAAUCGGCUGUGGUCAGCAGCCCAGAUCCCGAGAGAGGAGAGGUGGUGAAAGCCUUUGUCGUCUUGUCACCUGCCUUUUUAUCACAUGACCCAGAAGAAUUAAUCAAGGAGCUCCAGGAUCAUGUGAAAAAGGUGACUGCUCCUUACAAGUAUCCUAGAAAGGUUGAGUUUGUCCAAGAGCUGCCAAAGACAGCUGCAGGGAAAAUGCGAAGGAACGUUUUACGAAAAAGAGAGUGGGGGAAUGUCUAGCUUUGGAAGGACAUUUGCAUAUGCAGAAUCGUCCUGAAAUCAGCUGUUCGCUCUGACGAUGGAGAGUUUCCCCAUCUUGCCUUCAUACCCUAAUCUAUUGCUAAGUUAUGGUAUCUCAAGCAAAGGGAUUCACGUCGUCCAGCAACAAUAACUAUACUUUCUCCUAAGUUUGCUUCUCUUCAUAUGAAUAUCUCGACAUUCCACCAUUCUUCUUGGCUUCACCUUUUCGGCAUGACUUUCUAUGCCAAAAUACCAGCAUGCUUUCUCAGCAGGCCAACUGUUUUGAAAAGGCACAAGCCUUAAAAUGGCCAGGGAGUGCAAUGCCUGCCAGUAUGCCACUUUACAACUCUUCACAGCAUGGAUCCAUAAAAAAAAAUGGGCAAAUUGCCAUGUGAAACUCCCGUGAUUUUCCAUGUUGACGGGCUGCAAAUAGAUUUUUUUUUUCUAGGCCGAAAUAACACGGAAAUGAGCAUGAAACUUCCACUACAUUCCAUUCCUUUAGUUUUCCAGAACUGCCUUUCUACAUCAUGUGAAAGCUCAAAUAUAAUGGGCAAAAUAACAGCUAGGGGAACGUCAGGAGAAUGGAAUUAAUUGCAG